CCUGUAACGAGUCAUUUAACCAUAUACCGACUUACGAAGAUGAGUAAUUAACACGAAAACGUUGCCUGGUGUCCCUUUAAAGUCUAGCUGUCCAUUCACCGGAAAACCCUCUCUCUUUCACACACACACGCGCCCCACACAGUCCUAGACUAGUCCUGCGAAUAGGCUAAUACAAAUAAACAGUGUGACUCGGACCGAGCCAAAUCACACCUCCAAGUAGAUUAAAUUUUAUCACAGACUGCUUAGCCUGCGGAAGCACUUUACUAAAUAAUGUCUCCUAGAUUCCUACAAUAAAGAGACAACAUAUCUUCACUUUUUUUCUAUUGCCAAAAACAUAAUAAUUGGGAUACCCAAUUGCUGGCGGGCUAAUAAACCCACCCAUGAAGAGGUAUGAGGUAUUACAGCCUUUGAACCACUGUGGUCACCGAUAUUUAAUCAAUCGUUAGGUGGCGCCCUUCAUCAACUGAACUUACAUGUUCGAUAACUCGUGAAUCAUAAGAGAAGAAUAGACCAUGCUGCCAAGCCCUCUAUACAUGGAUUAUGACUACGGAUGAAAUGUUAUUUUUCUGGAGAGCUAUGACUUGGAGGCGAGAACAAUCUUUCAGAGUGAUUUUUUUCUGGCACUACAAUGCCGUUUCAAGACCUUUCAAACAAGGAGUUUUUUUAAACUUUGGACGACCCCAUAUAGGACACUAGGAUUUGAAGAUGUAGUAGGCUAGUAGGGCUGCGGAGAGAAUUAUUGGCUGACGUUUUUUGAUGGUUAGACAGAUCCAAAGCUACGGACACUAUUAUGAAUUCGCGCGUGUGGUCUCUUUACGCACCUGAAUUACGCAUGCUCGCCACUACGCAUAAGAGUUUAAUAUUAUGAUGGACAAUCAAAAGAUGGAUGUUAAAUACGGAUGUACCAGGAUGAUAAUGUAUUAAGUUUCCACCGCCGUUUUUACCUUUGGUGUGUGAUGAUGCUUAACCUUCAUUUGCGCGUCUGAUGCGGGGAACAGAAUGGACUUGUGUUUACUGUAGAGAGAGCAUUAUUUCAUCGGUGCCUUAAAUAUUUGUUUUGCGAUGACCUCUCCUUUUGAGGAUAAGAGUGGACCGUCUCUGAUUUCCCGCGGCAGAAGAUAUGUGCUAACAGAUGACCAGCCAGGCGGUCUGUCUCGCGGGAAACGGUGCCAAGCAGCCCCGGAGACUGCUUACAUUGAGCGUCCCUCCCCCGAAGGCGCUGGUUCCACAAGUGACACGCACGGUGCUCCAUCCCUGCGAUCUGGUUUCUCCUCGCUGGGCUCUCUGGUGGCAUCCUAUCCUCCUGGGGUCACCGAGUCGCCUUGCUCAGUCACCGUUUCCACUGGUUACGGCACACUGUCUCCCGAGUCGAGAAACAAAAAGCCCCUGGAUUAUGAUCAUGUUUUGUGUGACAGCUGUGUCUCACGUUUACAUGUAUUGAGGAGACAAGCACUAAGGUUACUAAUCCACAACAAGGACUCGGAGGAUGCCAGCGUGGUGCCUCUCUGUGCCAUCGAGGCCUGGUAUGAGAGUGACGGCCAGUGUGACGUCUGUGCCACCAACCUGAGGCAGCUGAAGCAGAAGGCUUUGCACACAAUCCUCACCCAGGAGCAGGCCAUCUGGGCCCGCGAUCCCUCUCCUGCCGGCCUCUCCUCCCCCCGCCCCCCAAAACGAGCCCCAGGCCCUAACACCCUACCCAGGACCUCCAGUCCGUGUUCCAGCCCUGCCAAGCCUGUGCUGAAGUCCAGCGGUCAGGGGAAGGGCACGAGUACGACAGGGCAGCCUUGUCUGGAGGCUCAGUGGUCAGCGCUUCAAAGCAAUGGAGCCUCUUUGCAUCGCCACCAGAUGUCUCAGUCCACAGCUGCCACCCCUGAAGCCACAACCCCCACAGCCACCUCCACAGCCGUGGCCUUCUUUGUCAGGGCGGUGCAGAAGCUCAACCUCUCCUCGCGGAGGAAGAAGCCAUGCUCCGCCCUACCCUCCGACGUAGACGCCCCAUCUCGUGUCACCGACUUCUGCGGCCUCCUACUGCGGUCCCCUCCCCUGGUCCCGCGCCAUCUGCUCCAGGCCUCCACCCCAGGGAAACCCACACCAGGCACUGGCAAGGGACAAGUGAAGGUCAUGUUAAGGGUAAGCCCAGUGGUGGACUCCUGCCUCAAACUAGACGGUCGCAGAAAACAGGUCACAAUACUGGACCCAAUUACCCAUAAUCCUCAGCAGCAGACCACAGCCUCCAAGGUCACUCCGAGGUCAUUCACCUUUGACGCCGUCUUCACUCCAGAGUCAAUGCAGGGAGAGGUGUGUGAAAGUGCUCUUCCAGGGCCCCUCCAGGCUGUCAUGAAUGGAGCCGACGGAUGCAUCAUCGGGUUUGGACGAGCCGGGACGGGAAAGUCCUACACGAUGACGGGGAAAGACGACUCGAUCCUGAGCCUAGGGGUCAUCCCCUGUGCCAUCUCCUGGCUGUUUAGGCUCGUUAGCAAGAGGAGGGAGAAGACCGGGGCAGAGAUCUCUGUGUCCAUCACGGCCACUGAGGUCUAUGGGAGAAAUGAAGUCCUCAGGGACUUGCUAUACACUGAGGACAUGAGUAAUUUUGGCAAUGGCCAGAAACCAGGCAUUUGCCUUUGUGAGGAUCCAGUCAGUGGAAUACAGCUUAUGAACCAAAGUGUUGUCAGUGCACCCACCGCGGAGAGAGCUGCCUCCCUAUUGGACAUUGCCCUCUCCUCUCGCAGCGGGAACAGGCCUGGAGUCAGCUCUCACAUGUUCUUCACCCUGCAUGUCCAUCAGCAGCACACGCAGGGCCCCACCAAAGACGUCGUGUGCGGAGGCCAGAGCAGGCUGAUCCUGAUAGAUCUGGGAAGUUGUGUGGAGGAGCACAGCAAGAGCAUGGCCCAGCUCUCCUUCCCUGAGCUCAGCAGCGUCAUGUUGACGCUCCUUAGAGGCGGCAAGCAAGUCCCAAACAGGAAUAGUAAGCUGACCAUGCUCCUGCAGGAGUCUCUAGGGAAUGUCAACUGUCAAACAACGGUCAUUGCUCAUGUUUCCGGAUCUACAGAAAGGCUUUCGGAUACACUCUCUACCUUACAGAUCAUCGCUCGUAUUCAUAAGAUGCAAAGAAAAGCCAAGAAAUCAAGGUCCUCUUCACCAAGUGAGAGAAGUGUUCGUAAAGAGAAGAAAUUGCUCCAGGAGACCAAGCUGAGAGCGUUCCACUCCACUGGCACUCUGGGCCCAGAUGUGCCAGCACCAAAGCUUUUCCGGGAUAAGGAGGAUCGCUCUGGGAGUGACCUGUCCUGCGAUACUGUCAUUCAUGUAGAUUCUGAUGGAUGCAACACUGACAUGAACAAAAAGCCCCAGGAGUCCAUAUCAAUAAUCCCAUCUUUGCUUAAGAGCAAGACUGUAGAAAUAGCGAACCCCUUGCAAGCUAUGAAACAGCGCCCCCAGAGGACAUUCCUGAAAGACUUUCGGCUCAUUCACCGGUCACAAGAGGAGAAAGAAACAAAAAUGUCAGCGACCCAGGAGGCAGAGAUGGAAUAUUUCAAGUGCAGCACAUUUGCAGAGCUGCAGGAGCGUCUGGGAUGCAUUGAUGGAAGUGAGUUGAUCAGCCAGGGCCAAUCAACCGAGGCUGUGGGGAAAGUACAGCCUUUGCCAGAAGCCAAAAAAGAGGCAGAGAAGACAGACAUAGCCAAUCCUGUCCCCUCCAUACAGGAGAAUACAGAAGGAAAUGGCUAUAGAACAGCUUGUGAGACAAAAAUAAUUGACACUGGUCUCAUAGAUUCUUUUCAAAGUGAUCCUACAGAUCACAAGGAGAUCCCCAGUGACAGACCACUGGCAGAUAAUCUGGGGAAUCCCGCGGACAGCAGGAGCCAAACGAGUGCUUCAGAUUCUGAUCAGUGCUCUGCUGAGCUUGAGAUGACAAAGUCGCAAGGACAGUCCUCAGACGAAUCGUUACUGCACCCUGAAUACAGGAUCUCGCCUAUUGGCAAAAGUUCCUCAAAGUCCUCCUCCUCUGGCUCGUCGUUGUCCUCCUCCUCCAUGUCUGCUAGCACAGACUCUCCCAUCACCCUGACUGACACUACUCCCCAGCUCUCUGCUGAGGGUCAGAGAGAGAUGAGGGCCACCAUAACGGUGACCGUCCAGCAACCCUUUGACCUGAACGGGCAAGACGAGUUGGUGUACACUGUGGUGGAGGAGGUCACCAUCAGUGGCAUGGCUGAGAAGGGCAGACCAACCAACGUCAUCAGUUUCAGCGAGGGAAGCUCUCUCCAGGCCUUGACCACAGGUUCGCAGCCUGUCAGGAUUAUUAGCAGUGUUAGCGAGGAUGCUAGCAUGCUAGAUUCCUCAGCCAAGAAUGGGGCAUUGGAGAGACAGCCCCUCUUGACAUCACAGGAAAGAUAUGAACUCACAUCUAACCAGGUCUCUUCCAACAAACCUGAGACACAUGGUGUACAUUCUGGUGCUAGUGUUGAGGGCCUUUACCAGCCCAGCUCUAGAGAACUGGAGAACCAGACAAAAACUCAAUCCAGUAUGGCCUGUGAGAUGGCCCAACAUGCCAGUAGUACUUUGAUAAAUUCAGGUGGUAAACCUAGUCUAGAGAAAUUGCAAUGUGGGUACACACCUUCUCAGGACCUUUGUAAGAAAAAACUAGAGGUUAUCAAGGAAAUGCCUUCACCUGCCAAAAGUAUGGAUAAUCCCUGGAAAGCCUAUAACCAAGAUGCCAUCUCCAAUAACAAUACACCAAAAUCAAGUUUUCAUCAAGGAAUAGUCAGGAAAACAGAUGCUAUGUCAGACAACAGCUUUCAAAACUCAAUCAAAAAUGAUGCCAAGAAAUCUAAAGACCUUGAUAUUAACAUGUUCUCCAGCAGGGCUAAUGGCUAUCACAGUCCCACUCAAAAUGAGGCCAAAAAAUGCAAGGACAAGGAUGUCAAUGUGUUCUCCAGCAGGGUUAAACUUGAUCAGAAAACAUCUGGGGUGACCAGAGAUCCCACCACGGAGUUCAGACCGGAGAAGAAAGCAACUGGCAAGAAAGCCAGUCAAUUAAACAAACAUCAGUCCUUUAAAGGUGAAGCCAUCAUGUCACCGGCCUCAAGAAGAAGGCUGGUUGAUGCUUAUGACCUGACCAGGUCAGGGAGCCUGAAUUCCAAACACCACAGAACAGCCAGCUUACCAAGAGCUUGGCAUAGUCUGGACCAAGAGGAUGGCUUUGAGGAUGAUUACCCAACAAGUCCAGCCAAAGACUGUAAGGUGCUAGGAGAGGCAAUGUCCACUCCAUGCAGUCCUGGAGAUACUUUGGAGAGAAGGCAUGGUCGUGCCAAACAAGGAAUAUUUGUAAGAGCCAAAGAAAACUUUUCAACCGAGAGGAGGGAUAGCCCAGAUCAAAAGAGAAGAGCCAGCAGUCAAUCCAGCCUGCCUAGGAGUCCAGUAUUACAGCAAAAGUCAUCAUUUCAUUAUGCAGCUCCUGAUGAUUCCUGCAGAAGGAAACAUAUCAAGUCCCCAAUUGAGGAAAGCAGUAAACUCUUCAGUGCAAAACUGGAGCAAUUGAGCAGUAGGGCUCCUAAUGGAAAUGCACCACGGUCAGAAUUCUCAGACUAUUAUUUUUCAGAACAGGACAGUUUUAUGACAUCCACUGAAUCUGUGGAGUGCUUUGAAGGUGAUUGUACUUUGCCUAGAGCUAGUAGAAGUGGCAAGAGAUAUCCAAAGUUCCUACCUAUGGAUGACCAAGAUGCAGAUUGUAGUAUAUCGGCAUCUAGAAGUAAUCUGUCCAAAGCCUCAGCAGUUAGCAAGCUAAUGAUGUCCAGUUCAAAGCCAAGCAGGAGCUCAGCAUCCAGUGCCAAGACCAUGAACCUCAUCACCAAGUCUCUGAGGCAGUCGUUCAGGAGCUCAAGUUUAUCACCAGAUGGAACAAGCUCUGGUCAUGGCUCCUGGUCAACCCAGUCACUGUCCCGAAGCCAAGGUUCUAGCUUUUCCUCCAUUAAAAUCAUGAAUGGCAGGAUCACUGAGCUCCUUCGGGGAAAUGGAGAUCCCGUCUCUGGUGUGGACCAGGGAGGCUCUGAAUACAAAGAGAAGGGAGCAGCAAAGAGUAAUGAGCGCCUCCCCUUGCCGUCACCUUAUAGCAGGGUCACAGCUCCACGACUGCCCAGUCACUGCAGUGGCCGUGCCAGCGACACUACAAGCAUUCUAAGUGGCGAGCUGCCUCCAGCCAUGGGCAAGACCUCUUUACUGUGCAACCGCAAUAGUGUUGUGAGCAGCGGAUAUGAGAGCUUGAUGAGGGACAGUUCGGCCACAGGAAGUAGCAUGUCCAUCAGGGAAUCCACCAGUGACCACAGCUGCACUCACAGCUUGGCCAGGAGUGGCAGGAGUUCCAAGAGGAAGACCAACAGCGCAGCAGGGACUAGUCAGAGACGACCGUCACAGGAAACCCUUCUGUCGUUGCGGAGAUCAGCCAGUGGCCCCCGAGUACGCUGGGGUGACCGGGGUGCAGCUGACUCCUAUGAGAUUAAAGUCUAUGAGAUUGACAAUGUUGAUUGUUUGCAGAGAAGGGGGCUCUGUAGCAACCGAGGAGUGGCUUGCUUCAGUGCUAAGCUGAAGUUCCUAGAGCACCGUCAACAACGGAUUGUGGAGUUGCGGUCGAAAUACAACCAUUUGAAGAGGGAGCUGGAGCAGGCAAAGCAGUACCUUAUGCUGGACCCAGAGAAAUGGAGUCAGGAGUUUGAUCUUUGGCAGACAUUUGAAGUGGAUUCCCUGGAACAUCUUGAGGCCUUGGAGCUGGUCACAGCCAGACUGGAAAGCAGACUGAACCAGUGCAAGGCCCAUACCAUGAUGGUGACAUGUUUCGAUGCUGCACCAAAGCGUCGACAGAAAAGAACAAAGAGACAUCGGCCUUCGCCAGACCAAAAGGGAUUCCUGUGACUCGUGUAUGCUACACACUCAUAUUACCAGAUGUCAAUGACAUCAUAAUCAAAGACACUUGGACACUUGAUGGUCAAAGACACUUGGAUCGCUCAUUUUUGGUGCUAAUCCAAUCAAACUGAAUACUAGUACCUUUGAGGCCAAUUGAGACUGUAUAAAAGUGUUUUUUUCAUCCUUCAAGGACAAUCGGUUUCUCUCCACAUGACUCACACUGUAAGGCUUUAAAGCAACACCAAAGAACUUUCCCUCUGUCGCACGCACGCUAUUUGUUUAUCCAGCACCGG